AUUCCAAAACUGCAUCACUUGUGCUUGAGCUUUGGAAAAGCCAUUUUCAGCCUCAACAAUGGCUUUUACAAGCUUCUCUUGCCAUUCGUCAUCGCCCACUUCUCAUCUUCGAAAAUGGAAAGACCUUCGAGGUUUUGCGAUCAAACCCUACACACCAAUAUUUUUUCCCUCCGUCAUCAAACUUGCUAAAUUCUCGAUAGUCACCAACCGUUGCGUCCAAGCUAGAGAUGGGGUUGAUAUCAAUGCCAUCGUCGCAAACAAUACUAUCUUUGAUGUCGAUGACCAGUUGAUUUCGAUUGACGAGUCAAACCUCAAUCGUUUGGUUGAAGAGUUUUCAUCCAUCGAAGAAGCCAUUGAAGACAUACGUCAGGGGAAGAUGGUGGUGGUGGUUGACGAUGAAAAUUUAAACAAAGGAGGUUUGAUAAUGGCAGCGGAGGCGGCGACGACGGAGGCGAUGGCUUUCAUGGAAAAGCAUGGAACCAAGAUUGUUUAUGUGGGGAUGAAAAGGGAAGAUCUUGAGAGGUUGGAAACUCCGUUAAUGGUGGACAUAAUCGCCGGAGUAUCAUCGGAAGAUAGGGCGGCGACCGCGGUGGCAUUAGCAUCAAAACACUCAAAACCUUAUGAUUUUAAACAACCUGGCCAUAUCCUUCCCCUCCGACACACCGAAGGUGGCGUUCUGAAGAGGCCUGGACACACUGAAGCCUCGGUCGAGCUUGCUCGGCUCGCCGGACUAAGCACGGUUGGAAUUCUCAGUGAGAUCGCCAUUGGUGACAAACUCGGUUCCAAGGCUAGGCUCCCAAAACUACGCCAGUUUGCGAACCAUCAUAGCCUUAAAAUCAUCUCCAUUACUGACUUAAUCAGGUAUAGAAGGAAGAAGGUGAUAUCAAUUGAGCGCGUCGGAGCUCCUACAAGGAUGCCCACAACAUGGGGAACAUUCAAGGCCUAUUGUUAUAAAUCCACCUUAGAUGGCAUCGAACAUAUUGCAAUGAUGAUGGGCGAUGUUAGGAACGGAGAAGAUAUUCUAGUGAGAGUGCACUCCGAAUGCUUCACUGGAGACGUAUUCGGAUCAACCAGAUGCGACUGUGGAAAGCAACUAGCUUUAGCAAUGCAACAAAUCAAAGCAGCUGGAAAAGGAGUGUUGGUCUAUCUACGAGGGCAAGAAGGAAGAGGGAUCGGUUUGGGCAACAAGCUUCUCGCAUACAAUUUGCAAGAUGCCGGGAGGGAUACCGUCGAAGCCAACGAAGAUCUGGGAUUGCCUAUCGAUUCUAGAGAUUAUAGCGUCGGUGCACAGAUUCUACGAGAUCUUGGAGUAAGAACAAUGAGGCUAAUGACGAACAAUCCAGCAAAGUACAUAGGGCUAAAGGGAUACGGGUUGGGAGUUUCGAGCAGAGUUCCUCUUGUAACGCCAAUUACUAAGGACAACAAACGAUACCUAGAAACUAAGAGAACCAAAAUGGGUCACAUUUAUGGCUUGGAAUUUAAUGGUGAAUUAAGAAACCCUAGUGGAUGCCAAUAAAAAAACCGAUGCAAAUGCUUCGAGCGAUGCUUUGGCUACUUAAUUCUUCCUCGCACCCUUGAAAGCUCGAUAUUUGUUAAAUUAAAGGCGUGUUUGAAGGUACUUUUAUGAGAUUAGUAGUUAUAUCGAUAUAUUUUUAAAUAAUUA